AUGUCUACACCACAGCAAAGGCUGUCCUCGGUCGCGGCCCAUUUGUCGCCUGUGAGCUCCUCUGCCAAGCAAAGGAUUCUGGCUAAGAACCCAGAUGAUGUCGUUAUCACCUAUCUUGCGCGUACGCCACUCACCAAGGCACGUAAGGGUGGUCUUAAGGACACCACUGUGGAUAACCUCUUGAUCUCCCUUCUCACAACUGUCCGCGAGCAAUCAAAAAUUGACCCGAACCUAGUCGAAGAUAUCUCGGUCGGCAAUGUUCUCGCACCAGGCUCCGCCUACCUUGCUCGCUCUGCUGUACUAGCAGCCGGAUUCCCAGUGACAGCAGCCGCCUCGGUAUGCAACCGCUUCUGCUCCUCCGGCCUCCUAGCCAUUCAGAAUAUCUCAAACCAGAUCAUAGCCGGGUCAAUCGAUGUUGGUAUCGCCGUAGGCGCCGAGAGCAUGAGUAGCACAGCCGACGGUGGCGCGCCGGAGAUGGCAGAACGAAUCGGCGCCCAUCCGAUCGCAUCCCAGAACUACCAACCCAUGGGUCAAACCUCGGAAAAUGUAGCCUCGCAGUUCAACCUCACGCGUGAGCAACUUGACAAGUUUGCUGCUGGCAGCUUUCAGAAGGCCGAGCGUGCUCAGAAGGCCGGCUGGUUCGAGGACGAAAUCGUCCCUGUCAAGACCCAGAUUAAGGAUCCUAAGACUGGCGAAAUUAAGGAUAUCGUCGUUGAUCAGGAUGACGGUAUUCGCUACGGGACUACAGCUGAGUCUCUUGGAAAGAUUCGUGCCGCUUUCCCUCAAUGGACACCUAGUGCCACUACCGGUGGCAAUGCUAGUCAGAUCACUGAUGGUGCUGCUGCACUGGUUUUGAUGAAGCGCUCGAAGGCACAGGAACUUAAUCAGCCUAUUGUUGGAAAGUUCUGUGGCGCUACUGUUGCCGGUUUGGAGCCUCGCAUUAUGGGCAUUGGUCCGUCCAUUGCCAUUCCCAAGAUCUUGGGCAAGUUUGGCUUAUCUAUUGAUGAAAUUGAUAUAUUUGAAAUUAAUGAGGCUUUUGCCUCCAUGGGUGUCUACUGUGUUGGUAAGCUGGGUCUGGAUGAGGCCAAGGUAAAUCCUCGUGGCGGUGCUAUCGCUUUCGGCCACCCUCUUGGUGCAACUGGUGCGCGUCAGGUUGUCACUGCUCUGGCAGAGCUACGACGUCAAAACAAGCGUGUUGCUGUGACGUCUAUGUGUGUGGGAACUGGCAUGGGCAUGGCUGGUAUUUUUGUUUCUGAGCAUUAG